CUAUAGCAAGCCAGGCCCGCGGCCGGAGGCGGACACCCCACACCCCACACCCCCACCGAGGCGGAGGCGGAGGCUGCCAUCAACAGCCAGGCCGGGCCCUCGGCGUCUAUCGUCAUUACAGCGCGUCCGGGUGUGGGUGGAGGAGUGUUCGAGGCGACGGCGGUGCAGGUAACACUUUUGGAGGCACCAGUACAGAGGAAUUAUACCGAACGCGUACAUGUCUGAAAAUGGAAUUUCCUGACCUGGGAGAACACUGUUCUGAAAGUUCCUGCAAACGGCUGGAUUUCCUUCCUAUGAAGUGUGAUGCCUGUGCACAGAUCUUCUGCAAAGACCACAUCAGCUAUGUGCAUCAUCAGUGCACCUCCUCUUAUAAGAAGGAUGUACAGGUACCCAUGUGCCCUCUGUGUAGCAUGCCUGUUCCUGUCAAAAGGGGAGAAAUGCCAGACAUUCGUGUUAGCGAGCACAUCGACAGGGAAUGUAAAUCCGAUCCUGCCCAGAAAAAGCGUAAGAUCUUUACGAACAAGUGCUCGAGUCCUGGGUGCAAACAGAAAGAGAUGAUCAAAGUGACAUGUGACCAAUGUCACUUAAAUUUCUGCUUAAAGCACAGGCACCCCUUGGAUCAUGUGUGUGCAGCUGAUGGAAAGCCUCUCUCCAAACCAGGUAAUGCCGCUGUUAUAAGGGCUCGGGGAAAUCCAAAACCCAGCGCAACGCCAUCUACAAGCAAAGAUACAUCGAGCAGUCGACCAAAUAGACUGAAUACAUCAGCAGCCCCACUCUAUAAAAGUGACCUGCCAAGAAGCAUCCCUACGUCUGCAUCUCUGCAAGCAGGAUUGACUGAAGAGCAAGCGCUGCAGAGUGCUUUGGAGAGAUCACUGGCCGAAUCUUCCAGAAAUACAGCUCCCAGCCGCCAAGAGCAAGAAGAUUUGGCUUUGGCUCAGGCUAUUGCUGCAAGUGAAGAAGAAUUUCGUCGACAACAGCAGCAGACGCAGCAUCGAAGCUCCAGGUCCUUGCCCUGUAAACUUUCCUGACCUUUAAGUUCCAACUCUGCAGCAUUACCUUACCGUUGAUACUUUUAAUCGGUGUCAAUGGAGCCCGGGGCUCACAAACAAAAAUAGGGCUUUUUGGUUUAGAAAAAUAAAUGGCCUCUGCUAAGUGAAUUGCCCUAUAACUAUGAUUGUUUGAUUCUAUUGAUAAAUCUAUUUCCUAAGAGUUUUUGCAUUGAAUUCCUAUAUAAAUUUAUAUAUUAUUGAAUAAUUAAAAAAAAUAUGUAUAGCAACAGAGUGCACAAGCUACAGUUAUAAUAUUUAAUCGUAUAUGUAUUGUAUUGAUUUCUAAAGAAUAAAGUGUUUUAAAAUUGGUGCAUUAA